AUGAGCGCGGGGGCGGACGUGCAGUGCAUUGUGAAGGCGCCGCGCAAGCCGAGGAAGACGAACUACAGGGGCCGCUACCAGUACAAGCAGGUGCAACAGACGUUUCGGAAAAACAUCUACGGGAAGAACGAGGGCAAGAAGGAGAGCAAGAAGGUGGGCCAGUUGGCGGGGCUGCCCCCGCCUCUGCCUCCGCCGCAGUCCCAGGUGACGGCGCCGAAGGAGCACAUUGCACCCAAAGUGCAGUUGCUGUCCAGGAGGCGCGCGAGGAAUGUGCAGAACUUCCAGGAGCAGGUGAUCUCGAAGGUGGUGCUGCCUGCGGCCUCGGAGGGCUGCAACACCUCCGCGCAGAAUCAAGGCUGCGUCGGGGGAGUGGACGGCCAGCGAGAUGGGCGGCGUCACGGACCCUCCUACCCCGCCGCUGGUUUGAAGUACUACAACAUCGCCGAGGAAUCUCCGGAUCUGCCCUCGGAGGAGGGUCUGACUUCGGCCUUGCAGCUUGAGUUGGAGCAUCUUGCCCAAGAUCCAGAGGGGCUGGCAGUACCAGAUUUACAUGGUGGGGCUACAAAUCCAAGCAUGGGGAACAGCCCAAGCGUGGAGGACGAGGCGGUGCCUACUGAACCGGACUACGCUGAGUUGGGCGAGCUUGCUCAAUUGAAGCGUACGCUCGAGUACAUGAAGGCCGCCCACUCUAUCCAGGCUCGCUCUUGGAAGCCGCUGGAGGUGCGCUUCCGUCGCGCUUGGUGGCGGGCUGAUGGCGUUCAUCGGCAUGCGCAGUGGGUAUUCGCACGUGGCGGUGAGUUGUCCUUCGCGAAUUGUGUCGAAGUCCUGGAGAUUGCCGUGGGCAUCAACAUGAACGGUCAAGCUGCCUCUUCAACAUGA